UCAGUGACGCAGACUCGCUCCUAUAUAAAACCCUGCGCCCAGCAGGAUGGAUAUUACACCGGACGGAAGGUCGUUUCUCCAAAAAUAAAUAAAACCCAUUUCCCCAUGGCGAAUCCUAUAGAAGCUGUGGUCCGUUCCGUCCUCCUGGCACCUCGCCGGCAAGCCCUCCUCCUCCCGGCGGCUGCCCCGUCCGUAUCAGAGUGUCGCUCGCAACAUAAUAGAAGAAAUCCUCCUCGCGUCAGCUUCUUCGCCUGCUCGGCCGAGCACGCCCCCAGGCUUCCUUCCGUGGGGACUCGAGCGAUGUCUUCUGGUUCUGAAUAUGUUGAGGGGAGAUUGGCAGGAGAAAAUACAAGCCUGCAGAUAAACAUGGAACGGGAGGCUAGAAUACGGAAGUACCUGGAGCUGGAGAAUCCCGAAUACUUGCCGUCUUCGUAUGACACGGCAUGGGUGGCUAUGGUGCCAUUGCCGGGCUCUUAUCUUCGGACUCCAUGCUUCCCUCAAUGUGUGGAAUGGAUACUUCAAAACCAACACGGUAAUGGGUCUUGGGGUGUCAACGAAUUUGACUUAUCAGUCAACAAGGAUAUUCUCUUAUCCACUUUGGCAUGUGUUAUUGCACUCAAGAAAUGGAAUGUUGGCUCGGAGCAAAUAAGGAGAGGACUACAAUUUAUUGCAACGAAUUUCUCCAUUGUUAUGGAUGAGCAGAUUGCUGCACCUAUAGGCUUCCAUCUCACAUUCCCUGCUCUGGUUAGCCUUGCCAUUAGGAUGGGUUUGGAAUUUCCUGCCACAGAAACUAGUAUUGAUGGGAUUCUUCGCCUCCGUGAUAUGGAAUUGAAAAGACUGGCUGGUGAGAAAUCUUAUGGGAAAGAGGCAUAUUUGGCCUAUGUUGCUGAAGGGUUAGUAAGCCUGCUGGACUGGAAUGUAGUUAUGAAGUUCCAGAGGAAGAAUGGAUCGUUGUUCAACUCUCCUGCCGCAACUGCUGCUGCAUUAGUCCACAACUAUGAUGAUAAAGCCCUCCAGUACCUAGAUUCUAUUGUCAAUAUAUUUGGUAGUGCAGUACCAACAGUGUACCCACUAAAUAUAUAUUCUCAGCUUUCAAUGGUGGAUACUCUCGAAAAGAUCGGAAUAUCUCGGCAUUUUUCUAGUGAGAUAAAGAGCAUCCUGGAUAAGACAUACAUUUUCUGGUCACAGAGAGAUGAGGAAGUAAUGUUGGAUGUAGCAACAUGCGCAAUCGCAUUUCGCCUUUUACGGAUGAAUGGAUAUGAUGUUUCCUCAGAUGAGUUGUCCCAUGUUGCUGAAGCAUCCACUUUCCAUAACUCACUUGAAGGAUACUUAGAUGAUACAAAAUCUUUAUUGGAAUUGUACAAAGCUUCAAAAGUCAGUUUAUCAGAAAAUGAGCCAAUCCUAGAAAAAAUAGGUUGUUGGUCAGGUAGCUUAUUGAAUGAAAAGUUGUGCUCUGAUGCCAUGCAAAGAAUACCAAUCUUUGGAGAGGUAGAAUAUGCUCUUAAAUUUCCCUUUUAUGCCACGGUGGAACCUCUAGACCACAAGAGGAACAUUGAACAUUUUGAUGCUAGGGUUUCUCAAAAGCUAAAGACAAAAAACUUGCCGUGUCAUUUCAAUCAAGAUCUCUUAGCUUUGGCUGUUGAAGAUUUCAGUUUUUCUCAAUCUAUUUACCAAGAUGAACUCCAGCAACUUGAAAGUUGGGAGAAAGAAAAUAAGCUGGACCAGCUACAGUUUGUACGGAAGAAUCUGACAAAUAGCUAUCUCUCUGCUGCUGCCACCAUAAGCCCUCAUGAAUUAUCCGAUGCUCGCGUUGCAUGUGCCAAAUCUAUUGCACUCACACUUGUUGCUGAUGACUUUUUUGAUGUUGGAGGAUCAAAAGAAGAACUAGAAAAUCUCAUAUCCUUAGUUGAGAAGUGGGAUCAACAUCACAAAGUUGAGUUCUACUCUGAGCAUGUAAAAGUAGUAUUUUCUGCUAUUUAUACCACAGUUAACCAGCUUGGAGCAAAGGCUUCGGCAGUACAAAACCGUGAUGUUACAAAAUACGUGGUUGAAUCAUGGCUAGAUUAUUUGAGGUCUUUGGCGACCGAUGCAGAAUGGCAACGGAGCAAAUAUGUGCCAACAAUGGAGGAAUACAUGACAAAUUCAAUUGCCACAUUCGCAUUAGGCCCUAUUAUACUCAUAGCACUGUUUUUUGUUGGACAAAAUCUCUGGGAGGACAUCGUCAAAGAUCCAGAGUACAACGAGUUGUUUAGACUAAUGAGCACAUGUGGCCGUCUCCAGAAUGAUACUCAAAGCUUUGAGAGGGAAUGCAAGGAUGGUAAACUGAAUAGUGUGUCACUGAUUGUUCUUCACAGUGGAGGUUCUAUGUCAAUAGAAGCGGCUAAAAAGAAGAUACUGGAGUCUAUAGCCUCAUAUAGAAGAGACUUGCUACGGUUGGUUCUUAGAGAAGACAGUGUCAUUCCUAGACCAUGCAAGGAGAUGUUCUGGAGGCUUUACAAGACAAGUCACGUGUUCUACUCUGAGGCCGAUGGAUUUUCCUCGCCGAAGGAAAUGAUGGGCGCACUGAAUGCAGUUAUCAACGAGCCACUGAAACUAGAGGCUACUAGUCCAUCUUUGGCUGAUCAAUUGAAAAAUAAUGAUUCCUUGUAAUUUUCCCCAAUCAUAUGAUCAGGUGCAGCAUCAAGGAAAUAUACCUAGAAAGGUAUAUCACAUUUGCCAAGCAUGGAGAAGGAAAACGGUAGUAAUCAUAUGAACCUCCCAAAUGAAUCAUCGGAUAAGCAUAGCUGAUUCUCUCAUUAUCUAAUUGCUAUACAUGUAGCCAACAAAAGAGUAGUAGCCUAAGAAAUUAACUCUGUCCCUGUGGUCAUUGUGCUUCGCUCCUGGUCGACAAAUGGUAUAAGUUAGGAAGGCAAUAGUGCCAAAAGAAUUGUCAUAUGUUUUAAAAGCAAUACCACUAUAAUAAUUGUCAUUUCCUCGGUC